AUGUUGCUCGACUUCGUCAGCAUCGCCACCAUCCUCACCCUUCUCAUCAUCACGUCUACCAGUGUCGGGCCCAAACAGUGGGCUCUUGCGCUCCCGACGCUGCAGCCUCUGUUGCACUGUGUGUGCAUGUGCGCGUGUCACGUUGGCGACGUCCUAGAGGCGGUCUUGGCCCUGUGCGAGCCCUACGCUAAGAAGCGACUGCCUGUAAGGGGUAGCUUCGGUCAGGCGCGCGGCGUCACAGGGCUGGGCUUCUCAUGGCUACACGGGCACGUCGAGGCCUUCACCAGAGCUUCCUCGCGCUUAGUCACGGUCGCCCAUCGCCGCCACGUCGCCCGAGAGCACCACAGUGCAAGCACCUGGAGCGAACUAUUCACUCAGGAUUUCCCCUCGACGCCCACCCUGGCAGUUUUUGGCCACCUCGCCGCCGCGGCCGACCUGUCAGUGCUCAGCGUGCGCGCGUGCGCCAUCUGCGCGCGCUCAAAAGACCUGACUGGCUCUGACGUGGGACCCCCCCCCGCCGCGCCGACCUCAACAGUUGCCCAGUACAUCGGCAAUGGGCAGACCAGCAGCGUGCGCGAGCUGCGCGACCCGCCCCCGUGCCUGGGUCUGAAGGAGGUGACACCACUAUGGCAGCUCCUGCUGGCCCAAGAAGGCGUGCGCGACCCGGCCGCAGCACGCGCCGCCAUGCCGACCCAUUGCACCGAAGCCGACAGGUUCGGCGGCAUGGCAGACGCGCAGGGGUGGAGGAGCAAAUGCGAUCGGUACCGUGGCGCCGCUCCGAUGCGCGAGUGGAAGUGCGGGCAGAGACCGCUGGGCAUGUUGAUCUGCCGGCCCGUUGCAGCCGACUUGGGUUCACGCGCCCAGGGCCUCCCUCCAUUCAACGACCUGGCCACCGCCGUCUCGGACAUGAGCUGGAACGCCAACUGGUUCUGCGAGCGUUGCCUGGCCGACCACUGGAACGCGCGACCCACCGACGUUGCGCGUAAACUGGCCAAGGGCGGCGCCAGAGCGGCCACGGCCCUGAAUCAGUUUCAGCCUCUUCGAAGCUAUCGCGACCACAAGGCGCGCGGCGCGCCUCUAUGGGCCAUCUUCAUGGCAACUAUCGGAUGCGGAGCGAGUCGCACGGCGGUCGAUGGCAAGUGCGACGAGAAGAAGCUGGUGAUGGAGAUGAUGGCGUUCUUCCAGGAUCAACUUCCGACGGCGACGGUCAGUCAGGUCUCGGAGAUUGCGGGGCAUUUCCGCAUCGAAACCCACGGGGAACAGGAUGACCAGGAGCAGCAACGCAUGAUCAUGUGGCAAUUCUCCCCGAGCCGCGGUUUCGGCAAAGUGAUCGACGGUCGGAUGCAGCAGCUCGUUCUGGCGGAGGGAGGCGACGUGGAGAACUACGAGUUCCAGGCCGAGGUCGGCAAGGUGAUGGACAUCAUCGUGAACUCCCUGUACUCCAACAAGGACGUCUUCCUCCGCGAGCUCGUGUCCAAUGCGGCCGACGCGUGCGACAAGAAGCGGUUCCUGGCGCUCACCGAGGGCGACGCGCCCCCCGAGGCGAUGAAGCUACGGAUCACGACGGACAAGGAGAAGCGCACGCUCACCAUUGAGGACAAUGGCGUGGGCAUGCAGAAGGCAGAGCUGGUGGAGAACCUCGGGCGCAUCGCCCGCUCCGGCACCGCCAACUUCGUGAAAGAGCUGCAGUCCGGCUCGGACGACGUGAGCCUGAUCGGCCAGUUCGGCGUCGGAUUCUAUUCCGCUUUCCUCGUUGCGAACAAGGUUGAGGUCUGA